AUGGGAGUACUACCGUACUACUGUCUUCUCAUGCCACCGCGUGACAGACUGAUGGAUCACCACUCGCUCACUGUCCAGCGUUGGGAUUUUGUCCCGCACCAGCUCUCAUCGCCCACCGUUCCUCGCUUGUCCCGCACCGUUGCUUGUGCAUUGCCCGCCGCUGCGCACUUGCCACUCCAGCCCCCGUUGAAAACUGCUGGUCCCCAGUCCGCCCAUUCGCUUCACCAGGUUCGCAGUCACCCACCAUCGCAGUCGCCCAGUAUCGCAGUCGCCCAGUACCGCAGUCGCUCAGUACCGCAGUCGCUCAUCGUCCCAAUUCCCUACGUCGCCGUUGCCCGCUUGUUCGCCGUUGCUCACUUGUGGGCCUCUCGUUUCUCACCUACCCCUCGCUGCCCGCUGUUCCUUCGUCCCCUCAUCCGCCUCGUCGUGCUUGAAGGAUGGCAGACCCUGGUACCAGCUCAACAGUGCCAUUUGAAGAAGACCAACCGCGCAAAGGACACUGAGUUCCUCGCAAAAGAAAAGCUCCGUGCCGCGCAAGAAAUCUUGAAGGCUCGUAACAGAAAUCAAGCUUCGUCGACAUCACAGAUCACCUCGCUCCCUCCUGCUGUGCCAGCACCUAACGAAUCCCUCGCUUUUCGACCCCUCGAUUCCCCCCCUUCUGUACCAUCAUAUCCACCCUCGCCGCCGCCCCUGGACCUUCACGGCGCCGGGGUCGACAGCGAUAGCAGCCGCGAGUCGACACCCGGACCGUCGCCUGUAUCUGAAGGUGAUCAGAUUCAGCCUCAGAUAGAUGACAUCAAGUGCAACUAUCAUCCGUCGAGCCAACGACCAACCACGGUCCAUCAUUUUCACGAAUACGGCCUGAAUUCGAAGGCACAACCCGACUACAUCAUCGAUGAUGAACCAUGGCGACCCUUUCGCACCCGCCGCGAUUUCGAAUUUGCCUCCAUUGCGUUAACGCAAUCGCUCAAUGAAAACGCUGUCGACACUUUACUUGAGCUCACUUACGGUGCUGUUGGUCGUGACCCUAGCCGUGGGGCUCUGACGCUACAAUCUUAUAAGGAGAUGAUGAAUAUCUGGAAGCUUGCUGCCAAUAAAAUGCCUGGGUUUACGCAACACUCCGUCUCUGAUGUAUAUAAGGGCAAAGUCUUGAGCUAUGAUGUUUGGCGACGCCCUGUGUGGGAUUGGGUCAUGAAGCUUGUACAAGACCCCCGUCUUGCCCCUCAUUUUGAAUGGGAUGCCAAACAGCUGUUCAAGUUUGACGGCAAGUCUUGGAUACGUUUCCGCGAUGAUAUUGUCACUGGUGAUCUGUGGUGGGAGAUUCAGUCAACACUACCGAAUGAUGGAAAGCCCUUCAUCUUGAUUAUAUAUGCCGACAAAACUCGGCUUUCAACUUUCGGGACAGCUAAGGGCUAUCCUGUCAUUGCCCGAGUGGGUAAUUUGAAUAUCAACAUCCGUAAUGGUGAGGGACCAGGUGGUGGCUUUAUGGUGGGAUGGCUACCAAUUAUUGAGGAGCUAGCGCCCGAGAAAGGCAAAACGAAAUGGACAAACCAUAAAGCAACCAUAUAUCAUCUUGCAAUGGGGGUCAUCCUGGAGGAUAUCAUUGCUCACUCUCAUACUGGCUUUGCGGUAAAAUGCGGUGAUGGUGUUCAGCGGAGCUUGUAUCCCUGUGUUCCCAUAAAGUCUGCCGAUUAUGAGGAAGACUGUGUGAUGACAUUGACAAGGGGGACAGGUUCAUACUGCCCUUGUCCAAUUUGCUUGGUCCCAGAGGAUAAGUUGGCCAUUCAUGAUACCACUUAUCCACUCCGUACCCAAGCUACUAUGAAGAAGGUAUAUGACGAUGCCAUGGCAAUGAGAACUGUAGAGGAGUCCAAUAAUUUGCUCAAGAACUAUGGUCUCCGAGGAAUUGAUAAUGUAUUUUGGAAAAUUGCCAACUCCGAUCCUUAUCGCAGUACCUCAUUUGACUGUUUGCACACAUUUGAUGGUGGACUGUUUGAUGAUCAUCUCUUUAAACAAAUCCUCCUCCACGUUGAUGCUCUUGGUCGAAAGUCUUUAACGGCCCUUGAUAAUCAGAUGAUGGCCUUUCCUCGGUGGAGCCGCCUUGGUCACUUCAAAGCUAUUACCACAUUGUCAUUUAAUGACGGCUCCAAGAGUGAAGAUAUAUCAAAGUGUAUUCUAUUUGCAGCACACAAUAUUCUCACCCGGCAGGUUGACCAUGCAGGAUAUAUCCUUCUCAAAUGCAUGCGACACUAUAUCAACUUGCGGAUGUACGCCAGUCUGCAGGUUCAUACCUCUGAGACGAUUUCCGCUGGUCGAGAGGAAGUGAAACAACUGUCACUACUUCUUCAGGAGUAUCAAGAAAAGACAAAACCAGAGUUUCGCAAGAGUUGGAACUUCCCCAAAAACCAUCUCUAUGUUCAUUUGUUUGACGAUAUUGAACAGAAAGGUGCAACACGCAACUACAGUACGAAGCCCUAUGAGAAAUCACAUGGCGGCUUGAAAACCACGUACCGCAGGCGGACCAACUUCAAGAAUAUUGCACCUCAGAUCUUGUUGAUCGACCACCUGAAACAGGUUUCUGACUUUAUAUGGGAUGAAAUCAAUGUUCUCGAUGCAUCCAAGAAACUGGUUGCUCCGACUCCAGCACCUGAAGAUGAAGAUGCUGAGGACGAUGAUGUUAUUGCAUCACCAUCUGGGCAUUAUUCACUUGGUUCCCGUGACAAGCCCAUCACACUUGCAGAUGUUGAAGCAAAUCAUCAAGGUGAUGCUGCAUUUGAGCGGUUCCGAUUGCGAUUGGUGGAAUUUCUCAACAGAGAAUUGGAUGUGGAGAGACAGCCAGGACAUCGGUACCUCCGAAACCCAGGAGACCAACUGACAAAGAUUCACCCUGGAAAAUACUUGACGGUCAACUAUGAGUCAACAGUUGACUGGCGAGAAGACACCGACUUGCUCCGAUGCAACCCAAAGUUCCAAGGAGCACCACGGUAUGAUCAUGUCAUAAUCAAGACUGCACGGCCAACAACACUUGGAACGGACAUCGUCGCACAGCUUUUGAUGAUAUUUACGAUUACGGUGAACCAGGCCACAUACGAUAUUGCUCUUGUCCAUUCGCUUGACCGACCAUCUGGCAUUAGACAACAGAAAGACAUUGACUUGCAACUCCUUCGCCUUAGAGCACGUCCUCGGAAAUCUGCGGAGUUCAUCUUCUUAUCCUCUAUUCUACGAGGUGUGUUGGUGGUCCCUGACUUUGGUACCGGUUUCUAUAAGUAG